UAACAUACCAACUAGCCCCUCAGAUCACUUUCCGAUUGUCAUUCAUUCUCGCAUUGAGCAGCUGUAGAGUGCGACGAGGCACAGCGCAAGCAACCUACCGGAACAACAUACAGGAAAUGUGACACGUUGAAGACCUGUUAAUUCUUCCAAUUGGAAUUCAGACAAUAGGACAAUUAAGAAAAUAUGGAAUAAACCUUUGACAACAUUUACAAUUACAAAAAUAAGUCAACUGUGGGACUAAUGAGACAUCUUUGAAAAGAAAAAAGAAUACAUGAAAGGCCGGAAUGGAGUUAUCCAAGAAGGAGCAGACCGAAAAGGAGUUGUCAGAAAAAUAUAUAGCUCAGGUUAAGGAAAGUCUAAGAAGGCUUGAGAACUGGGUUAAAGAGGGCAAAGAUCGAAAUGAUGCUAAAGUCAAAGACAUGGAAGAGAAGAUUUGCAUAGCUUUGGAUGUCCCAAGUGAAAGCUGGAUAAAAACUGGUCAAACUUUAAAAGGUGUCAUAGAAAACUUGCAUAAACAUCUGGACAUUGUACAGAAAGUAACAUCCUCAUCUGAGAUGAUUUCAGAUAAAGAUGUCCUGAAGAAUGCAUCAGGAAGUUUGGCUUUGGAAGGUGUUUACAAAACUGGUAAUCCUGUAGACUUGCUGAUGAAAAGAGAGCAGCUCAUUGAGAUUCCAGAUUCAUUUUCACUUAACAGCCCAAAGCAAUGUACCAGGUAUGAGCAAAAAGAAUUUUCAUCCCACAAAUCAGAAAGACAUUUUCACAAGGUUAUGGAGAAACUAGGCUAUAGCUUUAGCUCUGAAUUUAGCAUUGGGUUCAAAGGCUUCAGCUUUGGUUCUGGAGUACAAAAAAAAGAAUUCAGCGAGACAGAGGAAACAAGUUCAAAUUCACAAGAAGAAUCCUACAUCCUGCACACAAAAUACAACUACAUCCCACUUGCAUCUGGAUUUUUUCAGAAGGAUGGACUUAAACUUUCUACUGGAGCUAUUAAUGCCCUUAAAGAAAUUGAGAAGGUCAUUUUGUAUUCUAAUGACUGCAGACAAACCAGCAAAGUUGGAGGGUUUUUUGAGAGAUACGGGUCCCAUGUGAACCAGGGCCCUCUACACUUUGGUGGAGUUUUCUGGUGGAGAGCUUCUGCAUCAGGCUUCAGAAGUACUGAUUUGUCAGAGGUAAAAAAGUUGACUUCAGAAUCUCUUGAUGCUUACUGUGGUGCUGGAUUUGGAUUUGGUACGCUGUCCGUCUCAGGCAAAGUAGCAACAUCUUCCACGCAGCUGAAGGGGUCUUUCACAGGGAAAUACAGAGAGGACCUGAUGAGUCAAGUGCAGCUGUCAGUCAGUAAAACUGGUGGUCCUGCUGAGAUUGAUGACUACUUGCCGUGGAAAACCCAUCUUGCCAUUAAAAACAGAACGUGGAGUCUUAUUGACAGAGGAACAAACCUGGUUCCUGUCUGGGAAAUAGUGCUGGCUUCCCACAGAGAUGAUUUUGAAGAUGUGUCCAAUUUAAGCAGAAUAUUGAUGGAGGCAUACACAGACAUUACCAAAGAAAAUGUGGAAGAAGUGCGGGGAGAGAACAUUCUUUUGGAAGAGGAAAAAGCAGAAACUCUGAUUCAGUCAGUAAAGGGAUGGAUUGCCACUGACUGUGAAAUAUUAUUGACAAAGUUGUUGAACUUCAAAAACAGUCUCUUUGAGAAAACAGGAUCCCACAAAAUCUGGUUUCGGAAAUGCCUCUCAAAUGAGAUUCUUCAAAAUUAUCUGCUUGAAGUGGCUACAGCAAACAGCAAAUCCGAAGCUGUAAACUUAAGAAUUUUAACAAGCUCCCUGUUGGAACCAUAUCUUUAUAAUACAGUGGAGAACUUCCCAAACAGAAAGACCAUUGUGAAAUGGGCUUACCAAACUGAAGGCGACUCCCAUGACCAAGUUUCUGUUUCUGAAUACUCAGAUCUAAGUAGAAUCUUGCAGUCUGUCAAAAAAGAACUGGAGGAAAGCAAUCAUGCCUUCAGGUCUGCUGAACAGGAACACAGUGCAAACAUAAAAGCUACAAAAACUGUGGCUCUCUCACUUAAAUCAUUUUGUAAGACCUUGGGAGAAAAUGAUCAAAAGGAAACUGAACUGUUGGUACUAUCCAUAAUCACAGUUUUAGGGUACACCAGAGAAAAUAGGACAUUUAAUCAUGCUCUGUGUAUGAAUGAAAUCAUAUUCUUGCAGUCUGAACUGCAAAAAGCAUUUAACAUGUUACCCUCUCUAAAAGAACAGUGUUCCAUUAGGGCACAGGCCUACCUGUUGCAUACGGCUUUGACUGUUUCCACCAACGCAUACAUAAUUAUUUCACCUAAAGAAAAGAGAGAAAGAUUGGAAUUCAUACAAACACAACUAAAGAGCAAGCUUUCAAGUCACAUUGAAUCAGUGAUUGAGAAAAACCGUGAUGAUUGGGAAUCCCUGGAGAGUGCAUUACAUUCCAUCAUAAUGGGUAAGCAGAUGAGAGAUGGAAGUACGACAGUGGAGGAGUCAGUCAGUCAGCUGGAAAGUAUUCUAAUGAAGCCAUUGGCAAUUUUAUCUGAGGUUCAGACAACAGAUGAGCACAACACAUCAGUGAUGGACAAAAGUGAAAACACAAGCAACUUCAUGGAUCUGCUUCUGAAGUUAGGUCUACAAGACUCCUACCCCAAAAAGAUGACAAAAUCUAAUGUUCUUGUCACAGACAGAUUAUCGUUGAGUGUAAAAGAGCCCACAACAGAAAAAGACUUGAGCUCUCUGUAUCUCUACAAACUCAUGACGUUAGACUACAGAGCCAGGUAUCUAUUUGUAAAACCUGAAGCAACUAUCUUGAAUUUUGAGGUGGAUUGUGCAAAUCCUGAGAAUGAUGAUGACUUCUUUGAUGUUGAUGAUAAAUCGGAAAUAGUGCUGAGCAGCAGACAGGCACAGGUUCAUCCAAUGGAUGUACACAUGGCCAUUUUCCACUGUUCCAAUGACUUCUUGCGACAGUACAUCUUUACAAAGCUCUCGGCAUGUCAGUUUAGCCUACCCUUCUUAGUGCCCAACCCCUAUACAGGUGAAGUGGAAUUCCCCCUCUGGGCACUCCGACACAUCAGGAAAUCAUGGCAUAGCAAAAUACAAGGUGUAUCUGACACCUGCGGAAAGUACCAUAACAGACAAAUGUUCAAUACACCAGUGCCAAUUGUGUCCUUCAUCAGAUUGGGAGUUUCUGAUUCCAAUUCCAAGUCACAGAUAUUAAAUUGUGUCAUUAGCAAACAGAGGCAUGAUAUGUUCUUCCACCGUCAUUGCAAAGGCAGCACUCCAGACAGCCUGCUUAUGCAGGGAGUUGUGGAGAUUGCAUGGUAUUGUCCUGGAGGGAAGGAAGAUGAUGUAUUUGAUGACUGUGUGGCCUUUCUAAACCUUCAUGGUGAUGCUGCAGAAUAUCCAAAACAACUUGAAUUUCUUCAAGCAAUAAGUACAGUCAAUGUGCUUCUACUUUCAGAGCAUCCUUUGAGCAAAACCGCUAAAGAGGUCUCCCAGAAACUAUCCAAGUCCUCUGUCCCCUUAAUAUGCUUGUUCUCAAGUGCGGACAGACUUCAGCAGUCAAAUAACCCUACAAAGGUGAAACUAGCUGCAAAGAAUAGGAAUCAAGCUAAAUUAACAGAGGAACUGAUUUCAAGUAUCAAACACUGCCUCACUGGAAAUAAGCAGACCGUGUCAAUUGAAGGGUGCUGUGAAGAGGCAAGGAAACAACAGUUCAUAAUCGAUGAGGAUAAGCAAUCAUGUAAAGAUGGGUAUGCACUGGCCCAAACCUUAAUGUGCCUUCUGAAGGAUGUAAAUUUAUCCAAUCUUAAGGAAAGGAUUUUACCACUACAGGGUAAAUUGUGGCAUGAUUGGUGUAAAAAAGACAAAGAGCAAUAUCGAUUGCAAUCCAAAGAAAAUGAAGGUAUUGAAGAACAGCUGAGUAAAAUCUCAGCUGAGAGGACUAAUAUCCGGAAGGGACAACUUCAUGCAGCCACUCCUCUCAACGACUUCAUGAGAUCAUUCCUGGAAUGCUUAACAAUACCUUCUCAGUUUGAAGACACACAUCUGUAUACGUUGCAGUGGCUUAGAGUCCUCCUGGAUGAUCUUACCACUGACAAGCUUGGAUGGCUUGAAGAGGAUUAUCACUCAACUUGGAGAAAAAUGACAAGUGUACCCAAAGAUAAAGGAAAAGCAUCAGUUGUAAAUUCUCUGCAAACCAAACUGGACAGAAUAACUGACGAAAUGGCUGCUACGACAGUUGGAUUGCAGCACAUUAUGAGAGAAGUUGGUCAACUCUAUGAGGCCGUUCAGAUGUGCAUGCAAGAUGGGAAAAACAUUGAACAAUAUGUCACACUUCCAAAAAUAGGAGUGACAAUGCUACUCUCUGGGUAUCCACUUGAAAUAAUGGAUGGGGAUGCUGCCCAUGUUCCUUUAACAUGGAUUAAGGCGGUCCUGGAUGAGCUCAUCAAAAGCCUUGGAGACAAAAAGGUGUUUGUUCUAUCCAUUCUAGGAAUUCAAAGCUCUGGGAAAUCCACACUGUUGAAUACCAUGUUUGGUCUUCAGUUUGCUGUGAGUGCUGGAAGGUGCACCCGUGGAGCCUUCAUGCAGCUUGUGGAAGUAGACUCCAGUAUUAGAAAUGAUCUUGGAUAUGACUUUGUCCUGAUUGUGGACACGGAGGGACUCCGAUCACCAGAGUUCAGUGUAAAGACAUCACUGAACCAUGACAACGAGCUUGCCACUUUCAUCAUUGGAAUUGGUGAUACAACAGUAAUCAAUAUCAUGGGGGAGAACCCUUCUGAGAUGCAUGACAUUCUUCAGAUUUGUGUCCAGGCCUUCUUGAGAAUGAAACAGGUUAAAAUCACACCUAGUUGCAUUUUUGUGCACCAGAAUGUUGCCGAAUCAUCAGCUGGAGAUAAAAACGUUGAGGGGAGGAGACGUCUCUUGGAGAAACUGGAUGACAUGGCUCAAAUGGCAGCAAAAGAAGAGAAUAUUGAUGAUAUCAGUUGCUUCAGUGAUGUAAUUCACUUUGACAUUGAAACACAGGUAUUCUACUUCAAAAGUCUUCUGGAGGGGGAUCCUCCCAUGGCCCCUCCUAAUCCUUCCUAUAGUCAGAAUGUUCAAGAUCUGAAGAUCAAGCUCCUAAGAGCUGCAUCAAUGCAGAGGAAAUGUACAUUUUCUUCAUUGUCAGAAUUCAAAUGUAGGGUUUCUGAUCUUUGGACUGCACUGCUGAAGGAGAACUUUGUGUUCAGCUUCAAAAACACAGUUGAGAUGAUGGUGUACAGUUCUUUGGAAAAUAAAUAUGGAGAUUGGUCAUGGAACCUGAGAAAAUAUUCCCUGAGCCUUCAGGCUGAGCUGGAGAAUCAAAUUGGCAGCAACCUAAUUCAGAAUGUGAUUGCAGCAGAUCUUAUGGGAAAGUAUGACAAAGUCUAUGAUCCUCUGAGGACUGAGAUAGAGAAGUAUUUCACAGAAGAUAAAAACAAAGAGACCCUCAUAAAGUGGAAGGCAAAUAUUGACAAACGUUUUGAAAGCCUGAAGGAUGAGCUCAUUGAUGGGACCAUAAAGAAAUGUCAGGAAUUACUUACAUCAAAGCGAAACAGGUCAGAACUGGACAAGAGGAAAACCCAAUACACAGAUGAACUGACUCAGCAGAGUAAAAGGCUGGCAUCUACACUUAAAGACAUGCACCUGAGGGAUGAGCAAGUGAUGGAGAAAUUUGAUGAACUCUGGAUUGACUGGACAAGUCAGGUGUUGAAUUCACAGCCCAAACCGAAGCCACUGAAUGUGAAAGCUAUAGUUGAAUCAGUCCUCUUAAAAUGGUUUCAUAAACAACCAGGCAUCCAAGACAAAAUUAAAAGAGGCUUAUUUCAAUUUGACCCAAAAAAGCACAUUCAACAAAAUACUUUGAAAAUGCUUGGGGACUUGAUGUUUGGCAGUCCUUUCAGCCGUUCCAUAGAAGUUUUCAAAAGCAAUGUUGUAAGUGCAAUUGAUGAAUACAUCACUGCCAAGGAAAAUAAGAAGGAUUUUGAUGAAAACUUCAUCUAUGAAAUCUUGUCAAAUAUUGAGACUAAAGUCCUUGCAUUUGAGGGAAGAUCGAAAAGUCCUAAAUUUACCUAUGAAUUCAGAGUGGACCUGUCUGUCCAUCUGUGCCUCACAAAUGUUACAAGAUUUCAGAGGAUGCAUGAGGAAUUCAAGACUGCAAACCAACCACUAUCGUAUUUAGAAAGCCAAAGAGACAAAUAUCUCCAGUCUUUCAAAAAUUACUGCAAAGGAGCCAGCUCUGUAAAGAUAUUUGUUGAUUUUCUGUGUAAACACAUCACACCAGAGGUUUUGAAGGCAGCAAAUGAGAAACUCUGUCAACAGAUAGCAGAUGACAUGAAAUUCAACAACCCUGCUCUCAAUGGCAACCGAUCAAAUCUUGAGAAUCAUAUACUACAGCAUCUGGCAACUCAAGAGAACUUCAAAAUGUAUGAGGAAUAUUUAGAUUUCCCAAAGAGAUACUUUGAUAGAUUUAUCCAGGAAAAAGUAGAUACAUAUAGAUGUGAUACCAGAAACUUGGAUGCAAUCCACCAGGAACACCUUCAGGCCAUGAAAAAUCAAAUAUUAACAGCAAGUACAGCUGUAACUAUAGAAGUUGACGAGAAGGCAGGCAAUGCACACAUGUGGCUUGACUGGUUCUGCAGAAACAUUGGGCAUCUAAUUACAAUAAAGAGAGAUGAAUUGCAUUGCAUUGAAAAUGAAGACAUUGGAGACUGGCAGUUCUUCAAAGACAUGAUGGCCAAAUCCUUGGAAGAGAUGAUCAAGGAUGAAAAGUUGGACGUGGAGGCAGUGAGAGAGAAACCUACCAAAAAUCUGCUCCAGCAUUUCGAGGGAUGUUGGGCCCAGUGUCCUUUCUGCCAAGCUGUCUGCACAAACACCAUCCCUGACCAUGAUGGAAAACACAGUGUUAAGUUUCAUCGCUGUGAGGCUCUGACUGGGUGCUUUUAUGAUGACACAGACCAUUUUUCUGUAGAUUUUUGCACCACAUCAGUUAACAGUGAUAAAAGCUUCUUUGCCCAUACAAAGAAUAAGUGGAUCCACUUUAAGACAUACACAGAUGCUGGAGACCCAUUUGAUAAAUGGAGCAUUACUGCAGAUGGCACAGGGCAGCGCUACUGGAAAUGGUUCAUUUGUAGGUUUCAGAAAGAAUGGGAGAACAGGUAUGGAUUUAAAUUCAGAGGCCGUGGAAGUAUCCCAAAUGAAUGGACAACAAUAACAAAACAAUCUGCUUUGGAAGAGUUGAAAUAAUUCCAGAUAUACACAGUGCUGUGGGUAGGGGAAAAAAGCAACCUUUGUGGCCAAAAAACAUCACCAACAAAACAGCCGUCAAGAGCAUUUCACUAGGGUUAUCAACCAGGUACCUCCCUUCAUUGGUGUUUCAUUGAAUUAGGCCCUACAACACCUUCAGAGCGAUCAACAGUGUUACUGACAUCUUCUGUCCAAUACUAUUAUGAUAAUCAUCAAUAUAACCAGAUAAACCGCAGCCACCCACAAAUACUGAUAAGGUUCUCUUCAUUUGCUGUGGCUAUUUAUGAUCCGAUCAGCAAUAUAUCCCAAACAAAUGCAAACCCUUGAUAAAGGCACCAAGAAGUAUCAUCAAAUUCUUUGGACAUUCCUUUUCAUUACUGUGGCUGUUUAUGAUCCGAUCAGCAACAUAACCAGACAAAACGCAAAACCCUUGAUGUGGGCACCCACAAAUACCAACAAGUGCAAUCAAAUUCUUCAGUGUAUCCACUUUGGUGCUGUGGCCGUUUCUGAUCCAGUCAGCAACUUAACCAAAUAAAACGCCAUGCCUUGAUGCGGGCACCAACAGUUACUGUACCCCUCUAGAAACACAGUGGCAAGUUUUCAUGCAUCUCAGAAUCAAUUCAGGAUACAUCAUGGCCCCAAGUAAUCUGUGAGCGCCUCAGCCAAAGCUGUUGGAUUGCAUUUUCAGCAACCUGCAAUAACUGUUUUACAGCCCCUUUCAGUGACCAUCCUUGAAAACCAAAAUCUAACAGAAGUGUUGUGGCUGACUGUUACAAAUCCUCAGGCAUCUAUCUCCACUAGUUGUGUGCGUGCUUUCAAGCCAUGUUCCCUUAGUUCUGCUACUAGUUCUGCACUUUAACUUCCUCCUUUCAAAGGCUUCCUCCAUCAUAUCGUCAAAGGGAAAAGUUAACUCAAUAAGGCAAAUAAUGCGCUCACUCUCCAAAUACAACACCAUGUCUGGUGUCGAAGCAGUCACAAUAUACUGUGGAACUUGCUGUUGCCUUCCAACAUCCACCAGGAGUUUCCAGUCCUGUGCUUUGCCCUAUCUUCCUGCAUUGCUUGUACGCACUUGCACCCCAGAAUCUUACUGAUCUCCUCCUCCCUUACAGUCAAUCACGGUCCCUGCGGUCCUCUGACAAGGAUCAGCUUACCAUUCCCUGCACCAGACUCCGGACCUUUGGGGACAGAGCCUUCUGUGCUGCUGCCCCUAGACUAUGGAACAGUCUAUCCCCUAGACGUGUUUAAAAAACACACCUGUUCUCUGAAGCCUUUGGCCUCUGAUCCCCCAUUCCCUUUUCCACGUUUCAUUCCCUACCCUUCCCUUUUUGUUUGUUAUGCGACCUUGGGUAUCCUGAAAGGCGCUAUAUAAAUUUAAGCCAUUAUUAUUAUUGUUAUUAUUAUUAUUAUUAUUAUUAUUAUUUGCCCAAUGGCCUUUUCUGUCCCUCUGACACAAACGUAAUUCUACAGUCCCUGUCACUUCCUGGCAAAGAGUUAACCUCAACUCUUGUUCUCAAGAGAACCCGCCAGUGAUUUUAAAACCUGAUUUUGUCUCCAGGUGUAGCGACUCUCUCAUGCUAGUUUUACAACUAGAACAAAUAUGUUGCAAAUAGCCAUGACCUAUACAUAGCUUAUACCAUAGCCAUAGCUUCCAUCUUCACCUACCCAUUGGCCAAGGUUCUGUGGAGUCCAAAGAACAUCAUUAGUGGCUCCUACUCCUCUUACAUUUACUGCAGUUAAGAUCCAUGGCCCAUAGCGCCCUCCAGCUGAUCUUCCUCUUCUCAAUUGCAACAAUUAUAUUUUGUAUGGGUAGGAAUACUUGCAACUAGUUAAUCCAUUAUAAAUGACAAAAAGUGUCAAAAUUAUUCCGUAAAUUCAGUAAAUGCUUGAAUAUAUGCAUGGAUAGAUGUGAUAAAUAAUGAAUGAAAUGACAUGCUAUCAUAAUCAGUAAAACGUAUUUCACUUGAGGGGAACUUGUUUCUUCUGAGUUGUUGAUCAGUUUUUGCUUGUAAAAUUCAUUUUGCUGUACUAAUGCAUGCCCUCAUACUCACUGAUAUGAUUGAAAGCCUAGAUAAAUUUAGUUUUACCAUAGUGUCUAUCCACCCCUUACCUGAAUUGUUUUUUUUUUAUGAUUCUCUGUAACUUCUACUGAGGGAUGGACCACAAAAAAAGUCCCAAGCUUGCCAGAUUGUAAACAUUGUGUAAGGUGUCUGACUCCACAGCACAUUGCUCUGUGGGCUGAAGGUCAUGUUUAAUUAUAAACAUGAAUAUAUUUAUAAUUACAAUCUCUGUGUAAAUGUCUGCUUGAAACAUAAGUCCGCUCUCUUUUUUGUACAGUUUGGUUUACUGUAUGAUUCCAAUAGAGCCAUUUGAAAGAACCAUUUUAUUUGAUAAAGAAAUAUCUCAUCAACUUUGUGGUUGUUUUUCCACGACAUAGCAAAAAUAUUUAUUGAUAUUAUGCAACUUUAUUUUGGAGAUAGUGAGAACAUUUGUGUCUUCACUGAUUAGAUAACCUUUACUGAUUAUUUCCCCCAAAUGUACAUCAACCAAACUGCUUUGAUUAUCCACAUAAAGUUUUUGAACCAUAACGACUCUACUUUUCAAAUAUUGUUGCACAUCAAUUGUUUUUUUUCACCAACAUUGAUCAAUGAUGUUGUAUUAUCAGCACAAAAUGUAAUGUUAUACAAAUUGGAAUCCAAAGAGUAAACGUGGAAAUCUGGCAAGUAAGACAAGAAAGCAGUGUCACCAUUGUAAAAUGAAGUUAACAUGAAGUUGUCUGGUGAGUGACAUUUAAAAUCUGGUUAAACUUUUUCCACUGUAUGUAGUAAAUCAAGUUGUAUCUUAUGACAAAUUUAACAUCCAAACACCUUUACCAAAGAAAUCAAUUCAUUAUUUGUGUGCCUUGCCUUCACAAUUAAAACAUUAUGGCAAAUUA